AUGGCUAUGCCUAAAACCCUGAACACCUACGGUAAUCUGAACACCUAUGGUAAUCUGAAGACCUACGGUAAUAUGAACACCUAUGGUAAUCUGAAGACCUACGGUAAUAUGAACACCUAUGGUAAUCUGAACACCUAUGGUAAUCUGAAGACCUACGGUAAUAUGAACACCUAUGGUAAUCUGAACACCUACGGUAAUAUGAACACCUAUGGUAAUCUGAACACCUACGGUAAUAUGAACACCUAUGGUAAUCUGAACACCUACGGUAAUCUGAACACCUACGGUAAUCUGAACACCUACGGUAAUCUGAACACCUAUGGUAAUCUGAAGACCUACGGUAAUAUGAACACCUAUGGUAAUCUGAACACCUACGGUAAUAUGAACACCUAUGGUAAUCUGAACACCUACGGUAAUAUGAACACCUAUGGUAAUCUGAACACCUACGGUAAUAUGAACACCUAUGGUAAUCUGAACACCUACGGUAAUCUGAAUGGGGUGCUGCAGUGGCUAUGCCUAAAACCCUGA